UUAUAGUAGUCAAGUACCAAAAUGUCAGACAUCGACAAAUGGAUUGAAAUCGCAAAAGAGUGCAAAUACUUGCCGGAAAAUGAUCUCAAGAAACUCUGUGACAUUGUGUCCGACCUACUGCUGGAGGAGUCCAAUAUUCAACCGGUGUCGACUCCGGUGACUGUCUGCGGAGACAUUCAUGGACAGUUCUACGAUCUAGAAGAGUUAUUUCGCAAUGGAGGUCCUGUGCCUGACACGAAUUACAUAUUUAUGGGUGACUUUGUAGACCGGGGGUACUAUAGCUUAGAGACAUUUACGCGGUUGUUAACACUCAAGGCAAAAUGGUCAGACAGGAUAACACUGUUGCGAGGGAAUCACGAGUCGAGACAGAUAACUCAAGUUUACGGAUUUUACGACGAGUGUGAGAUGAAAUAUGGUAAUGCCAAUCCUUGGAAAUACUGCUGCAGGGUGUUUGAUUUACUUACAAUAGCUGCCUUAAUUGAUGAACAAGUUUUAUGUGUCCACGGUGGCCUGUCUCCGGCGAUAAGAACCCUAGAUCAAAUAAGAACGAUCGAGAGGAAUCAGGAGGUACCACACAAGGGCGCCUUCUGCGAUCUACUCUGGUCUGAUCCAGAGGACGUGGACUCGUGGUCUGUUAGCCCUAGGGGUGCUGGGUGGCUCUUUGGGGCCAAGGUCACACACAAAUUCAUGGAAAUUAAUGACCUAAAACUUAUAUGUAGAGCUCAUCAAUUAGUGCAUGAAGGAUAUAGAUACAUGUUCGAUGAUAAACUAGUAACCGUAUGGUCAGCCCCAAACUACUGCUACAGAUGUGGUAACGUAGCUAGUAUACUUCAGUUUGACUCAGUCGACGACAGAACCACAGUUUUAUUCCAAGCAGUACCAGACGCUGAGCGUGUUAUUCCAACAUUAACAAUCACCCCAUAUUUCUUGUGAUCAGACACACUGUAUCGUCUGUUUGAAUGCAGAGAAUGGAAGUACAACUGAAUUCACACGAACAUUUUUCGAUUAACUGGAUCAAUCGAGUGGUAAAUUCCCCCAGUUAUCGACGAAUAUCUUUGAAACCAAUGGAGAUGGCAAAAUUUGCGUUAUAACUUUUUUUGUAGCUCUGACUUUUCCCUACAAAAACGGUCUGAACGAUCAUUUUCGCAUCUCCAACAGAUUCCGAGAUUUUCACGAAAAACUCAUCGAGGAAAAUCGUUUUGCCACUGGACAAAGAGGAAAGAAAUUCUGGAAAUCAAUCGAAAAACACUGACAUGGCGUGAGGGAAUAUUAAAUACCAAAAACUGGAAGAACAUUGUGCAAACAGUUCACUUCAAUUAUCAAAUUUUUAAGCAUCUGAAUUACAAAGACAAAAUUUCAGGGAAAUAAUUCCUUUUUAAUUAAUUUUUAAUGCAGUUUUCAAAUUUUUGAGGGAAAUAGAGUCAUUGAUUUAUUGUGUUUUAUUUUUUGUAAUUGCGUCAAUGUUAGUGAAUUUAUUUGUGGAUUUUAAAUUAAGUAUUGGGGGUUUGAGCGAGUUUUUAUGAGAUUUUUUGGAUGGAAGAGGUUUUAGCCAGCGUGCAAGGUGCAAAGAUUAUGAUAAGAUCGACGCAAUAAAGUGAUUGGAGGAGAUAAGAUGAGAAUGAGAGAUUUGGAGAUGAUUUUUGUGGGCUAUAGGGUUUGGGAUUAAAUGGACAAUUUUUCUGCGAGAAUUUCUUUUGACACUUUGUGCUGAGUGGUUUUGUUAAUGAGAUGAUUACGUAAUUGAUGGAGAUUUUAUGUUUUAAAAUUCGUAUUGUUGAUUGUUGGGAGAAGAAAAAUUGUCGAAUGAGUUUUCGUGGAGAAUUACAAGGGCUAACGGAGAAUUUCUGUUGCCAUUUUCUUGAAAGAUCUAGUCAUGAAACAAAUCAAGGAGAUUCAUUAAAUCCUCUGUAAUUGAAUGGUUUAGAGGGUCAAACGGGGGUUGAGGGUCAAAUGACCCUUUCUGGUAACUAUGAUUUAAUCCAGUUGACCCUUAAGACCUUUUGACUGAAAUGAUUUUUUUCUCUUGGUAGUUGAGGGUCAAACGACCCUUAAGGACGUUUGGGGUCAAGGGUCAAAUUGUUUGAGGGUCAAACGACCCUUGAGGAAGAUUCGAAUUGGCGGUAAAUUUGUCUUAAGGGUCAAACGAUCAUUGAAAACGUGAAAAGUUGAGGGUCAAAUGACCCUUUUUGAUCAGUCUGUUACCCAUUUGACCCUGAAGACCAUUUGACCCUCAACUCCAAGUCUUCCAGGAUCGUUUAACCAUCAAGGCGAUUUCUUUCAGUUUUUCAUUGAGGGUCAAUGGGUCUUGACGGUCAGACGACCCGUAAGGUCAUCGGAGUCAAGGGUGAAAUUGUCCUAAAGGUCAAAUGACCCUUAAAGACCUGCAGAAUUAAGUUCGAACGACCCUAUCUGAUGACUCUGUUUUGAGGGUCAAACGACCCUUGAGGAAGAUUCGAAUUGGCGGUAAAUUUGUCUUAAGGGUCAAACGAUCAUUGAAAACGUGAAAAGUUGAGGGUCAAAUGACCCUUUUUGAUCAGUCUUCCAGGAUCGUUUAACCAUCAAGGCGAUUUCUUUCAGUUUUUCAUUGAGGGUCAAUGGGUCUUGACGGUCAGACGACCCGUAAGGUCAUCGGAGUCAAGGGUGAAAUUGUCCUAAAGGUCAAAUGACCCUUAAAGACCUGCAGAAUUAAGUUCGAACGACCCUAUCUGAUGACUCUGUUUUAACCCGUUUGACCCUCAAAACCAGGAAGGGGGACUACUUAGCACAUUUCAGCUGUUUUUUUAGUUGAAGGUCAAACGACCCUUUGUGACGUUCGGGGCUAAGGGUCAAAUGGUCGUAAGUGUCAAAUGACCCUUGCGGAGGAUUAGAGCUAGAGGUAAAAUUGUCUUAAGGGUCAAAUGACCAUUAAAAACGUAUCUUUCUGAUCACUCUGUUCGAACCCAUUUGACCCUUAACCCUCAACGUUCAUAAGGGUUACUUGACCUUCUUAAAGGUCGUUUGACCCUCAAAACUAUUUGAUCCUAACACUGCGGGGACAAAUGAAACAUCAGGGAAAACGACCCACUUAACACAAUUCAGGAAUUUUUUUUAAAUUUUUAAUUGAGGGUCAAACGACCCUUAAUGACGUUAAGGGCUCAAGGUUAAAUGGUCCCAAGGGUCAAACGACCCUUAAGAACGUUUGAACUUGAAGGUCAAAGUGUUUUAAAGGUCAAACGACCCUCAAAGACUCCUAGAGUUGAGGGGCAAAUGACCUUUAUGAUCACUCGCCUCUGACCCUUUUGACCCUCACGACCAUUUGACCCUUAAUGAUGUUAAGGGCUCAAAGUCAAAUGGUCCCAAGGGUCAAACGACCCUUAAGAACGUUUGAACUUGAAGGUCAAAGUGUUUUAAAGGUCAAACGACGCUAAAAAAAACUCCGAGAGUUGAGGGUCAAAUGACCUUUAUAAUCACUCGCCUCUGACCCUUUUGACCCUCAAAACUCUUUGACCCUGAAUUAAAACAAAAAAAAUCCCCGAAUAGUGCUAAAUACCGGUUUUCCCUUCAAUAAUCUCGACAAUGAGUGAUAUCACGAGAAAAUGUCACACAUUAUUUUCCAGUGAAUUUCACUAGCUGCAAAAGAUUUUCCCCCUGAACUCAUGAGUUGCAAAAAUAUUCUCGAAAUGCUGUGAGCAAAAAUUUUCAACUCCUCUCCUUCAACCACAAAUAUUAUAAAUAAUUGUGACAUUCCGAGGGGUGGAGACUCUAGAAACAUCGAAAACUCCAACUCAAUGUUCUUCUAAGAUUAUGUAAAGACAGAGGAAAUGGGUUUUGCAUUUUUGUUGGUCUUCCUGGGAAUCAAUGUUCUAGUAUUUUAGAAGCCAACGAAAAUUAGUUAGCAAUUUUACAUUCAGAAUCAAUCAAGCAGUCAUUAUAAAUCGUGUUCAUCUCGUGGUAUCAAUCAAGCUUUCCUGCUUAAAAUUGCUCAGUAAUUUUCACUAUAAGAAUUGUCAACUAUUUAUUAGUUUUAUUUUUUUUAAAUUAGUAUCUGUUACUUCACUCAGUUACACCCAGUUUAAACUGUUUUCAUUGAUUAUUCAUUUUUAUGGCAAUAAGUUGUGGAUUUAGAGGUGAAUAAAUUGAACAAGUGAUCGGAACAACUCAUGAAAAUGAAAGAUUGAGAAAAUUAUUCCGAAUUUAUCGAUUUCAAUUGAACCCAACGAAUGUGGCAUUGGCACUUGCUGUCAUAAUUAAUUAUUAUUGGUCUGUUCCCGAAUGUGAUAUAAAUGUAUUUGCAACAAAAAACAGAGUGAGAUUUCCCAAUAAAAGAAGAAUUUAAUUCAAAAGACGAGAGAAAAUUGAGAAAAAAAAUUAAUAAAAAAUUUAUUUUGAUCAAUUUUUUUCAUUGAAUCAUUGUCAUCCUUCGAGCAGUGCCUUUAGGAGCCUACAUGACGCGGUCUAUAAAUAAAAUGGAAGAACAAUAAACAAAAAGAGAAAGGAAGAAGCAAUAAAAAAAGGCAGAAAUCAAGGAAAAUUUCAAUUUCUUGAAUUUUUCAUAAUAAAAAAUGUCUUUAAAUCUCACUAGUUACACGUGGAUCACGAAAUAUCAGCCAAAAGUUAAUUAUAAUUGAUGUUGUGGCGCUCAAAAUAUCAUCCUGACCAUUGUUUAUAAUUAGGUGAAUGAUCUUAAUGAGUUUAUCCAUUUGUUUAUGAAGGGAUAGAAGUUCGGUUCGGAUUGAUUUGCAAAUAUCUCGGGAACUACUGGGUUUAGGGGGAAGUGUAUCUGAGCCUCUUUUGGAGCCCGUGAAAUUCCCUGCAAACAAUUUCUUAUGAUAUUUGUCAAUAGAACGACCCGUUGGGGAGAUAUUUGCGAACGAGUCCGGAAGAUUAGACUCUUCGUUCGUUUUUUAUAACUUGAGUAGUGAUUUCAAUUAUUUGAACAACAUAUCCUGCGGAAAUUGUACAUAAUAUGGAGUAAUAGUGGAUUUGAGGCGAUGUGGUGGAUGACCAGUCAACAAAACUGUGAGAAUUCUCCGGAAAAUAGAAGGGAAUAGCUCAGAAAAUAGGGGAGAGUGGGGCAAAAUGAAACACCAGGGGAAACGAUUAUUUAGGACAAUUCGGGAAAUAUUUUUUUUAGUUGGGGGUCAAAUUGUCACAAGGGUAAAACGACCCUUGUAGAUGUGCAAAGGGUCAUUUGAGGGCUAAAGGUCAAAUGACCCUUUGUGAUCACAAUUCUUCAACUCAUUUGGCCCUUAAAACCACUUGAACCUUAAAACUCUAACUAUUUUUAAGGGUUGUAUGGCCCCUAAGGGUCAUUUGAUCCUCACAACUAUUUGAUCCUGAGAAAAUCAAGAUGAAACGUCAUUUUUUUGUUUUUAGUCAAGGGUCAAAUGGUCGUAAGGGUCAAACGACCCUUAAUGCCUUUUGGAGUUGAGGGUCAAACGACCUUUGAAGACGUAUAGGGCUAAAGGUCAGAUGACCCUUUGUGAUCCCUUUGCAUCAACCCAUUUGACCCUUAAAAACAUUUGAUUCUGAAACAGCAGAACAAAAUGAAACACUAUUUUUUUUGUUUUUAGUUAAGGGUUAAAUGGUCGUAAGGGUCAAACAACCUUGAAGGCUUUUGGGGUUGAGGGUCAAAUUGUCAUAAGGGUCAAACGACCCUUAAAGGCUUUUGAAAUUGACGGUCAAAUUGUUUUAAGGGUCAAACGACCCUUGAAUAUGUCUAAGGUGAGGGUCAAAUAACCUUUGUUGAUCAGUAUGCUAUAAUCAGUUUAACCCUUAAGGUUCUUUAACCCUCAACCAAAAACGAAAAAAGGUUUUUCAGAUGCAGACAUUUUCCUUGGUGUUUCAUUUUGCCCCGCUCUCUCUUCUAUGAUAAUUUCAUAAAUAAAAAAGUAGAAGUGUUUGCUCCCACCUCCAAAUGCCUCUCACUGUCUCUUGCUUUAAUUUGUCGACGCAAUCAAGCCCCGAAGAUAACUUAUCAACAACAAUGAUAAAUCAAGAGAAAUAAAAUUUAAGGGGAGGAAAACGACAGCAAUACGUCAUUAUUGGAAAUAUAGAAUGUGGAUGGAAUGGGGGUGACGCAUAAUUUCUGGAGAUUCAGAGGUAUAACUGAGAAGAUGAGUGGAGAGAAUGAGGGAAUCAUUGUAACGAUCAUCAUGUACCUUGAAAGUAUAGAACUUUGUUAUGUUAACGUCUGUAAUAAAAUAAUAAAAACAAAAAAACAUCA